AACGGCAGUCGCUCGUUCGCUUCGCCUCGUUCGCUCGCCUCUCGCCUCUCACACACUGUUCGCUGCUGUUCGUUCGCUCGUUGCUUGUUCUGUUUCUUUUCGGUGCCGGGGAGGGAACGUGAAACGGGGGGAGGGCGGGGCACCGUCAACGGUCAAUAUCGCGCCCACACGCCUAUAAAAAGAUUUUUUGUUGUUCGCUGUAGCUGUCGCUAACACUGUGUGCGUGCGUCGUCCGUGCGUACGUGUGUGUGUGCGUACUUUUGCACUAGUGUUAGUCCUACAAAGUACUCAAGUUGAUUUGAAAAACCGUUAGCAAAAGCCUUAGCUUAGUCGCCAUGAAGGAAUUGAAGGUGGCACGUGCGAUUAGCGAAUCCUCGACCACAUCCGAUAAUACAUCCGAUUUUAUUGAUAUUGUCAAGAAAUAUGAUGUUGUAUACAACAAUCAUAAUCCGGACUACAAAAACGUUGAGGUGAAGAUGAAGGUCUGGACCCAAAUAGCGGACGAGAUUGGUUUAUCUGUGGAAGCAUCGAAGCGAAAAUGGAAAAAUCUGCGCGACAGUUAUACGAAAUAUUUGCGCUCCUUUCGCGUUGGCACAAAAACCUCCAAGAAAUAUCAAUAUUGGGCGCACGCCGAUCAUAUGGAGUUUCUCAAGCCAUUCCAAGGACCCGGCAGAAAUUCGGCUAAUGGGAAUGGCAAGUCGAACGAUGAGGAUGACACCGAAUGCGAUUUUGGCUACCAGGUGCUGGCCAAGGCGGCCAGCAAUGGUGGCGAGGAUGAUCUGAAGAUGACGAUAGCAACAGCAACAGCGGCAUCCACAUCGGCGCUCAGCACUCAGACCGUCAACAGUUAUACGACACCGAUACUGACGGCCAGUGUGGCUGCCACGCCGCCCAGCCUCAUCUCGCCGGGCAGCAAUCCGGCCGGCUUGUGCCACAAUAGCAAUAGCAAUGGCAGCAGCAAUUGCGCCGCCGUCGCACCACUCAACACAUCACUCAGCCACGCAGCACUGACGCCGCCAACGACGAACUGCAGCAGCAACAAUUCCAAUAGCGGCAUGCUGUCCAUGUCUGCUGCCGCCGCUGCCAUGCCGCUCAAGGCAUCUGUGGCGGCGUCGGUGAGCGCCAAUGCCGCUGCUCUGGCCACCUUGGCCAGUCUGCCCAUGGGCAUUGGUGGCUUGCCGGCCGCUGCUGCCGCUGCCCAAAUGUUUCCACUGGCAACGCUCAAAGCGGCCGCAGCUGCCGCUGGAUUGCCCACAUCGCUGACCAGCAGCAGUUGCAGCAGCACGGCGAAUAGCAAUGUGGGUUGCCUCAUUAUCGAGCCGCAUUUGUUUGCCGCCGCCGACAAUUUUAAGAAGGAGCUGAGUGCCGCGGCGGCGGCUGGUGCACCACUGGGUCUCUUCCAGAACUUGGCCAAUCGUCAUCUGAAUGGCAAUGGUGGCGUCAUACCGGGUCUGGGCACGCUGACACCACCGCCGCCGCCACCACCGCCCAGCGCCGCCAAGGUGCGACGCGUUCAGCCCUCGCCACAAACCGCUGCCAUAAAUCUGAGUUGCUCCAAUUCUGCUGCAACAGCAGCGGCCUCCUGUUCCCAACCCUCGCCUGCAAAGACACGCAAAAUGAGCGAUCCACGUUACCCCAGCGAUUGGGAUGUGUCCGCUGUACUGCAAGCGAACCGGGAGCUGGACGCAAACACGCUGUUCUUUUUGAGUUUGGCGCGACAGGUGCGCGCCAUGCCAAUGAAAUUCCAAUCGCUGGCAAAGAUGCGCUGCAUGCGCAUCGUUAGCGACAUUGAGCUGGAGCUGGAGAAUUUCGAUUGUAAUGGUGUGCCGCCGCCCGAGGAAUCUAUUGGCAGCACAGCGAAUCUCAAAUAUUGCACAGAUACGCCGCCGCCACAGCCACCGCUCGAUGGUUCAACGGCAAUGUCGGCAUCAACAAUGGGUCACGAGGGUUCCACGGAGCAUUUUGUGUAUGUGAUGUCGCCGUCGCGUGUGGAGAGCAUGAUCGACAUCUCAUCCGACGAGGAGAGCAAUAUGAAUGGUGGCUUGCCAGCGGCUUCAGCUGCGGUCACUGGAGCUGUCCACUGAGCAUGAUAAUCAGCUAAUCUUACACAAAAACAAACAUGUAUUGUUAAAUUUUAAGUAAAAUAAAUUAGAUAUUUUGUCGUCUUCUGAUGAA